GGGAGGGGAGGGGAGGGUGCUUGGCUUGGGUUCUGUUGGGGGGAGGGUGGGUUUAUAGGAGGGGGCUGCUGGGUGUGCGUGCGGUGGGUUGCUUUGCGAUUGUGAGAGUCUUUUGCCCGGGAACCUACUACGUUCGUUCGUUCUGCACUGGCUGGCCGGUGACUUGUUCGUUUCUAUUAUACUCACUAUUGUAUUGCCUUCGAUCAAGUCUACGUCGGUUCUGUCGACUGGGCAUAUUCCGACUUUGAUUUCGUCCAUUUGUUUAAUACCUACCCUUCACUCACCUCACCAAAAUGCAGCUCCCCCGCAGAUCAGUCCGCAGUAUUGCAGAGCUCCCGAGCAUCCACACUGCCUUCCCUGCACAUUACCGCCCCGUUCGGACACACAGCGCCUCUACGGCGUCCGAAUCAGCGCGGUCCCCGGACAUCGAGGAUGGGCUGGAAGUUGUGCCAUUGGAGCACGACAGCAUCCGGGCGGCGCCCAUCGUCAGCGCGUAUCUGGACGAGAAGGAGGUGUAUGUGGGUGUGCAAGAGGUGCGCGAAAAGCCGCUUCCAAGCAUACCGACGUCGCUGUGGGGCCGCACGUGGGGAAGGAUGGGGGUCAAGUAUCGCGUGCUGACGGUGCUGGGGCUGCAGGCGCUGGUACUGAUUACGGUGGGCGUGGCGCUGUUGACUGCGAGCCCGAAACCAGGGAAAGACAACGCGUCCGAUGUCCGCACCACAGGCAAUGCCACAAACACAUCCUCGAGUGAUGCCAUCCAGCGCGGCACGUUCGUCGUCCCGAUCCAGUUCCCGCAGCAGCAGAGCUCGGCGUGUCUCGCGCGCACCAACGAGUCCCGGGCAUGGCAGUGCGCCUUCGACACGACGCUUCAGCUCAGCAUCCUACCAUCCCUCGGCGACGACGAGAACCCAGCCAUGAUCACGCUGGGCCCGCCGUCUGCGUCGAACAGGAGCGUGCACUGCGGACAGCAGGCGCCAGAGAUCGGACCUACGGGGCUGACGGCGGUCAAGAGUGAGGGCGGGCCGCAGUACAGGUUCGCGGCGCGGUACGAUCGCACUGUGAUACUAAGGGGAGACCAGUUGGGGCAGGACGGGGGGUCGGUGCCAUUGCUGGGCCAGCCGAGGCAUACGACGUUUCUGCCGGGACAGACGCUCUGGCGCUGCACGUUCAACGAUACGCUGCUGGAGGGGUUCGUCUAUCGGGAUGAGCAGGGCGGGGUGGCGUCCAAUGCGACGGACGUGACGUCGCAUCUGCCGUACAGGCUGAAGCUUGUGGAGCACAAUGGAGAGGCUGGAAGUGUGCCAUACUGCGAGAAGGUCGUCGUCGGUGUCGAUGGAGGGUUGGGAGACGGGAUUGAGAGGGUGGAGCUGCAGUCGUCUGAAGCUGGGUCUGGCGCGGGGGAAGACCACUCAGACGCCAUGUGUGAAUGUCAAUGGGUUGUUGGAUAGCUACUUAGACUGACGGUAUAAUGCAACACAUAAUUCAACACUACUUUGUGAAGUGUGCCGGCGGACGGAGUGGCUGCAGCGUGCAUGUGAAGAUACAUGUGAUGCCCCAAGCCAUCGGCAGCCGACCAGCGGCCGUGACCUGCGUGCGGGUCACGCGUGCACCCGCGGGAAGAACAGCGGCGUGCGCUCC